AUGUCAAACAGGUACGCUGCAGCUCACGAGCGACUCCUCGGCCCGGGAGAUCAGCGUCCAACAGCGUUGCAAGUUGUCAAAGAUGAGGAGCUCGAGGGAAAGCUCAAGGAUAAAGUUGUACUUAUUACUGGGUGCUCUGCGGGUUUGGGUGUAGAGACUGCGCGUGCAAUGCUUACAACAGGUGCUACUCUCUUCCUCACAGCUCGGAAUACGAUCAAAGCACGAGCAGCCCUCGGUGAAUUUGCUGAAUCACCACAUGUACACCUCUUAGAGAUGGACCAGACUUCGCUCAAAAGUGUACGAGCAUGUGCUGCGAGUUUCCUCGAGCAGAGUAAAACGUUGAACAUCAUGAUCAACAACGCUGGCAUCAUGGCUGUACCUGAGACUAUGACAGAGGAUGGCUUCGAAUCACAAUUCCAGGCUAAUCAUCUGUCCCACUUUCUCCUAUUCUAUCUUCUCAAACCUACAAUCCUCGCUUCGGCAACUCCCGAAUUCGCUUCGCGCGUUAUCAAUCUCUCCUCUUUGGGUCACCGUCGUGGUGAGCCGGAUCUUGAUAAUAUCAACCUCACUGGGUGCUACGAUAAGUGGAGAGCAUAUGGAAGCAGCAAAACAUGCAACAUCUGGAUGGCCAAUGAGAUUGAACGGCGAUACGGUUCAAAGCAUCUGCAUGCCUUCUCUUUGCACCCAGGUGGUAUUGUUACGCCAUUAUGGGAUUCCAUGAACGCUGAAGACAUUGCGGACCUAAGAAGCCAGGGGGGGUUGAUGAAAGGUGCCGCCACAACGGUAUGGGGAGCAAUCGCCAAGUGCUUGGAAGGAGAUCGUGGAAAGUAUUUGGAUGAUGUGCAGAUUGCGGGCCCAUGGACUUCAGAUCAACCAUUUGCACUACCUGGUUGGGCUCCUCAUGUUUAUGAUAAAGCAAGAGAGGGCAGACUUUGGAAGUUGUCAUUAGACAUGGCUGGGUUGAAAGACACUGAUCUCUGA